UUUUUGAUUUUUCAAGAAACAUGAAUAGAAGAAGACGUAUCAAUCCAAAGGAUGAUGCCAGAUAUUAUGUCAGCACUGGAAAGGACAAACCAGGAUUUGAUGUAAAACACAUUAGUGUUUUCAAAGGUCGUGGGAUCUUCACUACUGCCCCAUUCGAAAAAGGGGACUUCCUACUAGAGUACCAAGGUCAACUCAUUACCCAUCAGGAAUGUGAGAGGAGGCAGAGGAUCUACCAUGACAGCCUUAAGGUCUUCAUGUUCAAGUUCCGUUUUGAUGGAAAACUCUGGUGUGUUGAUGCGGCUAAAGAGGACGGGGGCAGGGACCCAUGGCAGUGAAAUGGUGGACAAGCCCCAUGACACUAAGAUGGCAGCAGGGACCCAUGACACUGAGAGGGUGGACAAGCC